CCCCAUUCUCACAUGAGUAAGCGCGCCUCCGCAAAAAACGGGAAAGGAGGGUUGCAUCCAUUGACUGGAGAGGAGAGAGAGAGAGAGAGAGAGAGAGAGAGAGAGAGAGAGAGAGAGAGAGAGAGAGAGAGAGAGAGAGAGAGGAGGAGACGAGAGAGAGGGAAACGGACUCGCCUAUACGCCUAACAUCCAGCUCCAGUCGACGACGGCACCACAGACAGACCAGCUGAGUGAUCCAGGCCCCCCCCCUCAGCUCGACUCAACUCCCGGCAAGAAGAAAACGGACAUGGGCUCCCCGUGAAUCCAGGCGGUGGAGGGCAGAGGCGGGCCGGCGGGGGGUGGGGGGGAACGACGACGAGAGCGUGGUUGGAGAAAAACACCCAGAGAAGACAAACAAAAGCACAACCGAGGGUGCCUGCAACCAUGAGCGGCUCGCGCUAUUCACCAGGGCUGCGGCGGCCGCUGCCGCUCCGCCCGCGGACCACCGCGUGAGGCGUGGCUCGGAAACGCUCCGGGAAAACCUGUCAGCCGAAACGACUCGCCGAGGAGGAGAAGGAGGAGGUGGUGGGGAGGUGGUGGUGGUGGUGGUGGAAAAGAUGUCCGCCUCGGUGGGGCCCCAGGGUGGCCCUCGCCCACCCACCGCGCCGCCAUCCAUGCCGGAUCUACCGGACCUUAGCCAUCUCACCGAGGAGGAGAGGAAGAUCAUCAUGGCAGUGAUGGCUCGGCAAAAAGAGGAAGAGGAUAAAGAACAAGCCAUGCUAAAAACACUGCACCAGCAGUUUGAGAGCUACAAACAGGAGGUGCGUCGCAUCGGCGUGGAGACGCGGCGUCAGCAGACCCAGCUGAAGGACGACGCGCCCACCUGCGGCAUCUGCCGCAAGACCAAGUUCGCCGAUGGCUGCGGCCACCUCUGCUCCUACUGCCAGACCAAAUUCUGCGCUCGCUGUGGAGGGCGGGUCUCCCUGCGCUCCAACAAUGAGGACAAAGUGUGUCUCAUAGUGAAGGACAGGGUAAUGUGGGUAUGCAACCUGUGCCGUAAACAGCAGGAGAUUCUUACCAAAUCAGGAGAAUGGUUUUCAGGGUCAGGGGCGCGACCUGGGAGCCUGGGCACCCCAGUCACUGGAGGUGAGGCCCAACGGGACAGGAAGCUUCUCCGCUCUAGGUCCCAAGCCCCGCCCUCCAGCACCAACGCCAACGCGGGGCCGCCGAACGGGACACAGCUUCCCUCCAGUGUCACUGCUGCCAAGGGGGCCGACACCAUGCCUGGCUCCCGCUCCCAAAGUGAACCACCUAGAGAAAAGAAAAGGCCAGUUUCCCUCCAUGAACAAAAUGGUAAGGGAGGCCUGGGCCGAGGUAGUGGCCGAAGAGCUGCUGGGAAGUUGCCAUCUCAGUCAUCCCUGGAUGAGCGAGUGGUUCCAGGGGAGAGGCGCUUAGGAGAUGGACGGAGACUGGAGAAGAUCCAUUCUCAGGACUACGAGGACGGGGAGGGGAACUUGGGUCGUUCAGAAACUCAUCGGAGACGGCCAGAGGACGAGGAGCAGAGGGAGCGCCAGCGCCGUGAGGAGGAGUUCCAGAAUCGUUAUCGUAGUGAUCCCAACCUAGCACGAUACCCAGUGAAACCACAGAAGGAGGAGCAGGAGAUGCGCAUGCACGCCAGGGUGUCAAAGGUUCGGCAUGAACGGCGGCACAGCGAUCUGGCGAUCAAUGAAGUGGGACUGGGGCCUAGCGACGGAGGAGGGGUUGGAGGAGGGGGGGAGGUACCUGAAAACCGUCUGGCCAGGAGGGGUGGAGGUGGAGGAGGGGCGGUAGACCACAAGGCCCUUUUGGAGAACCACCAAGCCUACACUGGGGAUAGGACCGUGGGGGUUGGAGGGGGCGCUCCACCUGCAGGAGGUGGAGUGAGAUCAGGAACCCAACCUGGGGGACCGGUGCCUCCAGAUUGGGGCCAGAACAAAGGCCGCCUGGAGCACGGUCCGACACGGACACCAAGGGACAAGGGUGGGGACAACCUGCUGAGGAAGGACUCUCAGAGCUCGGACCAGUCUGAGUCUCUGCGGCCGCCCCCUCCACGGUCAUACAAGAGCAAGCGCGGAGUCAACAAGAGACAGAUGUCCAUCAGCAGCUCAGAGGAGGAGGGCGGCUCCACGCCCGAGUACACCAGCUGUGAGGACGUGGACAUGGAAAGCGUCAGCGAGAAAGGUGACUGGGACUGUCAUUCUCUAGAUCCUACAGUGUGGCAUCAUCCAGUUACAUGGCAGCCGUCCAAAGAGGGCGACCACCUAAUCGGACGCAUCACGCUAAGCAAGAGGUCGGCAAUGCCCCGCGAGGCUGGCUCCCUCCUCGGCCUAAAAGUGGUAGGAGGGAAGAUGACAGAGACAGGGAGACUCGGGGCCUUCAUCACCAAAGUCAAGAAAGGCAGCCUUGCAGAUGUUGUGGGACACCUACGAGCAGGUGACGAGGUGCUGCAGUGGAAUGGGAAGUCGUUGCCAGGGGCAACUAAGAAAGAAGUGUACAACAUUAUCCUUGAAUCCAAGGCUGAACCUCAAGUGGAAAUAGUUGUUUCAAGACCUAUAGGAUCUAUCCACCGAAUUAUGUCCAAAAACUUCUUGAGAAAAGUAUAUAGAGCAUAUCAAGACAUCCCAAGAAUCCCAGAGUCAUCCCACCCUCCUCUAGAAUCUACAGGCUCCAGUUCCUUUGAGUCGCAAAAGAUGGACCGUCCCUCGAUAUCAGUGAUGUCCCCUACCAGCCCCGGGACCCUUCGAGACCUUCCUCUGGUACUGCCUGGACAGCUAUCUGUGAAGCUGUGGUACGACAAAGUGGGCCAUCAGUUGAUCGUCAACGUCCUUCAAGCCAUAGACCUGCCACCCCGACCAGACGGACGACCCCGGAACCCCUAUGUCAAGAUGUACUUCCUGCCUGAUAGGAGUGAUAAGAGUAAACGGCGGACUAAAACAGUGAAGAAGAGCGCUGAACCCAAGUGGAACCAGACCUUCCUAUAUUCCCACGUUCACCGGCGGGACUUCAGAGAGCGCAUGCUAGAGAUCACAGUGUGGGACCAGCCCCGAGUCCAGGAGGAGGAGAGUGAAUUCCUGGGAGAGAUCCUGAUAGAGUUGGAGACGGCCCUGCUGGACGACAUUCCUCAUUGGUAUAAACUCCAGACACAUGACAUGUCCUCUAUACCUCUGCCCCAGCCUUCCCCGUACCUCCCACGCAGACACGUCCAUGGAGACAGCCCCAGCAAGAAACUACAGAAUGCAGAACGUAACUCCAGGGAAAGAGAGCGGGGAAGUACGUUGGCAGUGCCGGAGCAGCAGCGGCCCGUCCAGCACCGUUCCCGUUCAGUGUCUCCUCACAGAGAGGACUCCUGCAGGGCUCGGUCACGGCCCGCACACGUGCCCAUGCAAAGGAGCCUGGAUGAGAUCCACCAGAACCGCCACCACUCCCACUCCCCUUCCCGUUACCAUGAUUCGCACUUAGAGCAUCAACGCUCCGGGGACUCGGACUACGAGUACUCUGAGGACAGUGAGGUCCUGGAGAUGCACAGGUCUAUCCGGGGCGGGAGUGCCGAGUGCCUGCACACAAACAGGGGCAUAGGUAGAUACAGCAACACACUACCCCCCAAAAUGCCCCUGUUAGUAAACGGUAUCCAUAAAGACAUUUACAGCUCCACUCUCCCCGCAUGCCUAAAGAGCAAGCCGUACCACCGGCGGGAAGGGGGCAGCACCAUGCCUCGUAGCAUCCUUACACACCGUGUGCUCAGGUUCACUGAUGAGGUCACGGUUAGCGACCUGCAGCCGUCGUUGGACAGAGUGAGGAGUGCAAGCACCACCUGUCUGAGACCAGACACCAACUUUCACUCCCCUGACAGAGACAGGUGCUCCAACUCUUUGCCCCGCAAGAUUCCCCCAAGCCCCAGGAUCUUAGUAGAACAUGUGGGCCCUGAGGAAGACAGGCAGUGUAGCAAUUCAUCAGGUCCAAACUGUCAAAGUGGCAGCAAAAACAGCCUGGAGGGGGACAGUCGUAUCCAGCCCACCUCUAUCCUGAGGGGCAGUAGGGGGAGAGGGGGCCCGCUGAGGCCCUUUGGCCAGACAGCCUUGGCUGGGCCCUGCCUAAACUCGCCACGGCUAGACAGAACACACCCUCAUGGCAGCCCCUCCUCUCCAACGGGGACGCCCUCAUCAGGUCGCAGGGGCAGGCAGCUGCCUCAGCUCCCCGCAAAAAGCAGCAGUAUAGAGCAAGCCCUUGCAGUAGAGGAGCGAGCCCGGCAGCUGCAGAUGAAAGUACAUUCCUACCGGCCUUCAGCCUCCCACGACCCAGAGACGGACCUCAAGACCAAACGGGAGAUGUACGCAGAACAGAGGCGAAGCAGCGACAACAUGUCGGCCAGAUCGUCAGACAGCGAUAUGAGUGACGUGUCGGCCCUCUCCCGUGCCAGCAGUGCCUCUCGCCUCAGUAGCACCAGCUACAUGUCCAUCCAAUCAGAGCGCCCCGGGGGACGACUCAGAUCCAAGUCAUUAGAGGAGGAGAAGAGAGACAGGAGGAUCUCGUGGGAGGUGAAUGGAGAGGAGGAGAGGAGGAGGUCGACAGGAAAGAGACGUUUCUCUGCAGAGUUGCAGCGCAGGAGACACACUGUAGCCGGGGACACCAGGGAGUCCAGUCGGCAGCUGCGAUCAGCGGGCCGCAACAUGCUGAAGAGCUCCAGUGUGAGUGGAGAGAUCUACACCCAGGAGCGCACCGACGGCAGCCAAUCAGACACCGCUCUGGGUACGGUGGGCGGAGGCAGCAAGAAGAGACGCUCCAGCCUCAGCGCGCGGGUGGUGGCCAUCGUCGGCAACCGUCGCAGCCGCAGCACUUCACAGAUCAGUGGCCCUGAGGGUAAGAGUAAGAAGGAGAAGGGUGCACCUAUCCAAAGGAGCACAGAGACCGGCAUGGCAGUAGAGCUGACCAGGAACAUGAGCCGCCAGCCCAGCAAAGAGUCCAACAACGGCAGCAUGAACAGCUGCAACUCUGAGGGAAAUUUGAUCUUCUCUGGAGUCAAUCUGGGUGCCAGCAGUCAGUUCAGUGACUUCCUGGAUGGCCUGGGCCCGGCCCAGCUAGUGGGAAGGCAAACCCUGGCCACCCCCGCCAUAGGUGACAUCCAGAUCGGUAUGAUGGAGAAAAAGGGUCAGCUGGAGGUGGAAGUUAUCAGAGCUCGAGGACUGGUACAAAAACCUGGAUCCAAAUCCCUCCCUGCUCCAUAUGUCAAGGUCUAUCUGCUGAAUAAUGGAGCGUACGUAGCCAAAAAGAAAACCAAGAUUGCACGGAAAACACUUGACCCACUGUACCAGCAAGUACUGCUAUUCGAGGAGAGCCCACAGGGUAAAGUCUUACAGGUGAUUGUAUGGGGAGACUACGGCCGCAUGGACCAUAAAAGCUUCAUGGGAGUUGCACAAAUCCUAAUGGAGGAACUGGACUUAUCAAGCACAGUCAUUGGUUGGUACAAGUUGUUCCCACCGUCGUCCUUGGUGGAUCCGACACUUGCCUCCAUAACGCGGCGGGCUUCCCAGUCGUCACUCGACAGUUCCUCCGGACCUCCUGGGGUCCGAUCCUAGUGGACCAACAGCUCUACACCGCUCCAACCAGUAACAAACUCAUGAAACGCACUGUAGAGAGAUAUAAACAAACACACACACACAAAAAAAGAUGGCAGAAAUGCAGAACAUCUACAAUCAGAAACAGUCGCAACGAGAAAGCUUUGUUGAGAUCUGACAAUCACUCCUGUCGCGCUUCAUUUUAGUCUGCUGUAGGGAGCGCCACAUUUCAGUGUUUCAUAUUCAUUCAGAAAAAAAAUCGUAUCGUUUUUUUCUCUGUGUAUGCUGAGGAAGCAGGGCCGUCGACAGACAACAAGCAGUAGCUCUCGACACGGGAGAUGGAAAAAAAGUGUCAGAGAAUCAAAUGAAGCAGGGUGAUUUUUAACUGAAUCAACAAUAAGCAAAGAAAUGUACGUAAGCAUCGGAAUGUAUGGACUCGAGACAGUCACCCUCCACACCUGCAGGGGGCGCAGUCCUCUCUGCAGUGGCCUCCUCCAGAACCCCGACAGACUGCCGGCACUCCUGCCCCCAGGACAUGUUUCUUUUCCUAGGACGGUGAAGGCAUGACCCGCCCUACUCUGCCUCUGAUUGGCUUACCGUGUUAUUGUUAUAGUGCGUUCCAUUUGUACUCGGAAGUCUGAUUUUUUUUUCGAGGUCAAAGUUGGUAACACGUCCCCCUGACCUCGGAUUUAGAAGCUGGGAACUCGGACAACCUUGCAGUACCCCAAGCUCAAAAUCCAACAUGGAUGAACCCUGUGCAUCAACAGUUGUGAAAGCUGUAGUAUCAUACAGUUAUCAGCUCUGUCUUAGUUGCGUCUCACUAAAUCAGUUGGACACACAAUACUGUCCAACUUCUAUCCGUGGACAUGUUGCACAAUGCAUUCUCAUGAACCGGUCCGUAUAAUAUUGUACAAAAAUGUAUGCACACCAAAACGUAUGAUAUCAUACAAAAUUAGGAAGCCCCAAAACAACCAGUUAAGAUUAGGAAAAAGAUCGUGGUUUGGAUUAAAAUACUCCAAAGGAAUACGCAUUUCCUGGGUGAAGCGAACUCCGCUCCAUGGCUUGAAAGUCCUGUUUGUUAACGCCCACCCAUCCGCCAGAUGCGUUCUUAUACAGCAGCGGCCAGUGUAGUCAACAUAGAAAAAAACUCCCAAAAAACAUGGAAUGCUUACGAAUUACAGUGCUUAUCUUUUUGUCGCUUUUUGAACGAAUGGUUCAUGAGAACAGGCUGUUGCACGCUCGAAAAACAGCACAAUCUGUUUUUAUCAACAGGCAUUGCUAACAAUGGCUAACCUGGAUAGAGCUAACCCCACAAUGAAAAAUCCGACUUGUAAACGGAACACAUUCAACCCGGGUGUGACAUCAUUCCCAGGUCAAUGGAACCCCCCUCAGCGCUGAGUAGUUUCCUGUACCUGUGUCACAUGAGUCUCGCCACGGCCACGCCUCUCAGGAGACUGGCAACAGGUCCGUGUGGAGUGAUUCCAAUAGGAGAAGUGAACGUAAAAAACAGAUUACGAGCAAUUCUUUCUUUCCCAUUGUCACCCAAAUAAAUAUUGGACCGAUUUUUCAAAAGCCAACGACUCUUGAUCAUUCUGACACUAAAAUGGAAACUUUCAGAUGGACAAAUUAGAAGGAAAUUAACUUUGUUUGAGACCUGUUUCAGCAUCUGAAACAAACUCUCGAGAGAUCUGGCAACAUGUGUAAUGCACUCUAUCUUUAGUCGUAGAGAAUCUUUGACCUAACCGAUCCAACCAACGAUGCUUACGAAUGAGUACUAUCCAAUCAGAGGCGGAGGAGGCAUCACCACCCUUGGAAAACGCAAAUGUGCUGCCCCCCAGGCAGGGUGCUCCCACGUGGGGUGUUCAGUCUGGAAGCACAGGGCCUUCUUCUGGUGCCUAGACCUUGGAGCCACAUCACUGGUCUCUCUCUCUCUCUCUCUCUCUCUCUCUCUCUCUCUCUCUCUCUCUCUCUCUCUCUCUGUCAAAAAAUCUUCUUUUCAGUAUGUUUACCGUGGCUGCUCUGAAGCCACACUGUUUUAGCGUGUUUGCUUUGUCGUUCAUUUCUUUCCCCUUGUUAUUACUGGCACAAAAUGUUUUUUACAGUGCGUAAAAUGCUCAUGAUAAUGUUGUCAGUCUGGUGUGUGCAUGGAGAGGAAAAAACUAAACACAAGAGAUAAAAAAAGGAUACAAAAACUGUUAAAUGUCUGCAAGGGGGGACUGGUGAUGAGGACACAGCUUAGAUUUUUACACUGCACAGUGAGAUUAGCGUGCAGCGUUGUUUUCCUUGUUCCAUUACUGGCAAACGUCCAGGCCAGUCGUCUUUGUAUAGAUGUACAUUAGGCCUCCCAGGAGGUUGACUAAUAAAUGAAAUUCAAGUCACUUUAAAAUAUCACAAGGGUUCACCAUCACCGUAAAUCAAAAACUUAGCGAGAUAGAACCGUCUAGAUUUUUCAUUCCAUCGCCGCAGCACGUUUUAAUCCAACCCUUUAGUUUACAUUGUUUUGAAAAUUCAAACACAAGCACAAGAGCUUGACUUUUUUUACAACAAAAAGUUUAACUUUUUGAAAAAAAAACACAUAUUCCAAAAAAAAGAGAAAAAAAAGGGAAAAAAGCAACAAUCCCCGUCACUGGUUCCAUUCUAUUCCGUGUCCCGUUGUUAGGAAACUGACAGACAAACAGAAAGAGAAGCUCCCAGUGUUCCCUAUGUGCAUCACUGGGAUUGAAAGUAACCAAUCAGACUGCUCUGUCGGGACACCAACACCUAUGCUCAUCCACCGUUUCGGCCUGCAGACUCCUCCCACCAGGAAAAAAGGCGGGGCCAGCAUGACUUUGGAACCUGAUCCGAGCUGCAUGCACAUUUUUUGUAAAACAAAACAGAUACAGUAAAAAAA